UCGGGCGCACUGGCCACAGUCUCGGCAUAGAUGGUCUCGGCGUGUGCGUGGUCGCUGGAACUGCGGCUCCUUUUUUAUGGACACCGUGAUUUCGGCGGCAGGCAGGCGAUGGGAGCUGAUAGACGCGCCAGCUACUACAUUCGGACGCGCCAGCAAGUAUCCCGAGGCAGCGUGCCCUGGGCCUACGGCCGACCGCAUCGUACACGUGCCUUGGGUGCGGUGGAAGACGGCAUGCUUUCUUCCCGCCUUCCUUCCUUGCGCACGCGAGAUCAAGCCACCAUCCUCGACUCACCCUCACGCGCUUUCACUCGGACCUACAGCAUACGUGCCAUCGUCAUCAAGCAGCAACCGCGACAACGGCGUCAUCGCGUGCCGAAGUUGUCCAACAAAACAAAAACAUCGUGGGAGCCUCUCAAGAUGGCGGAGAAAGGUGGCAGUCCAGGCAAUGGAGAUUCUGGGCUUGUCUCCAGUUCCUGCCUGUCAUCUGGAGCUGGCAUGCUAGGACUGUCGCGGAUCCAGCAGAACCCAUUUGCCAUCAAGACCACCACCCCAACAAGGAGCGUAGCGGACAGCACGGAAAACAAAGAGACGAAGCCCAUUGUUGCUCCACCCACCUUAGUUCUUGGCGCAGACAACGCCUGCGCAGUGUCAUCAUCUGGGAGCCGGAUAGUGCUCCGGCCGUCGGCCCUUGCUUUCCAAGCUGAAAAGCUGAAGCAGACGUCACCAGAUGCGGCAUCAACGGAACCCAGGGACAACUCCACCACAGCGACUGCUACCAAAGAACAGCAGCACCAGCAGCAGGCACCAUCGGCGUCCAGGGACCCCCGCGAAGUGUCGUCCACGUGUGAAUCCACCACUAGCCCAGUCACAAAUGGCACGCGGACGAGCGGCACAGUGUCCAGUGCGGAGGACGACAACAGCGGCAGUACCACGACCUCCAGCAGUGGCCGUGCCGUUGGCGAGAGCAGCAGCAGCUUUGGCUUGGCUCUAGGCGAUCUGCGGAAUGGCACCUCGUCGUCCGAACACCUGUCGACUCUCGGCACUGGUGGCGGACUGCUCAGCUUGGCAACAGACGACGCCAACCACUCUCCACAUGCAGCGGCGCCACCUGAUGGGUUCGUCUUCGGCGAGAACCUGCGGGAGCGGGCUGCGAACUUUGAGGACGCCUCGUCGGACUCCUCGAUUGCGCCGACAUCCACAGAGCUCUCCUUCCAGCAGUUCCAGCAACAGGCCGGUCAGAGCAGCGCGGCCAGCACGGAGCAGCCACCGGACGUCGCCUCUGCGGCGAGUCGGCAUGCCAAAAGUCUGACUGAGUCGGCCGAGGAGUACCAGUUGCGGCAAGUCAAGCGGACGUAUGACGAGGUCGCCGUGGUUACGGGAGAAGAGAAUGAGUUCAACGUGCUUCAGAUCAACUGCAAGCUCUUCACCUUCGACAAGUCAACGAGUUCCUGGCAGGAACGGGGUCGUGGCAGCUUGCGACUCAACGACCAGGAGGUCGAUGGUGUGCUGCAAUCCAGAAUGGUGAUGCGAACCCAGGGCAGCUUGCGCGUCAUCCUGAACACCAAGGUGUGGUCCGGAAUGGUCGUGGAGCACCCCAGUUCAAAGACAGUUCGCACGACGGCCAUUGACCCUGAUGGAAUUCGUGUCUACCUCAUUCAGGCCAACGGCAAGGAUGCUGAGCAGCUGUACGGGGCUCUCGAAUGCCGCGUGGCAUCGCUGAAGGCCGCGGAAGACAGUGGCAGCGGUGUGUCACCCAUGCCAGCGGCCAUGCAGGGACUGCCGCCGUCUGCGGACAGCUCGUCAUCGUUUCCGGAGUCAGUGGGAAGUCUAGAGGACGAUGGAGCACCGCAGUCAAAACGGCCCCGUCUGCAGGAGUCUGACGGAAGCCUCCCGGACAGCAGCCACGGAGAGGACUCGGUUGCAACGGCCGAAUGUGAGAGCAGCGCGGAGGACAAGGGAUAGGCGUUCUCUCCACGCCUGUGAAACACACUUCAUUGAGUCGUGAGGGGCGGAAGAGCGUGGAUGAAGUGGUGAAGCCAUUGCUAGUGUUUGCCGAGUUUGGGCUCCCCAACGGUUAGCGGCGUGAAGAGGUUUGAUUGGCUCGAGCUGGAUGAUUCUUGCCCGCCUGAAUUAGUUCUUGGGGAGGGCCGUGAGGCCAGAAGGGUUUCGGCAAGUUACGAAGCCAUUGUUAGAAAUCCUGAGCUCAAACUCCAGCAGAAGCAAAAGUGCAUCAGGCAAGGACUAAGACGCCUUAACAAAGACAGUGUAAUUUGUUUCUCAUUAGGGUAUUGCUUUAUUUUAUGAGCAUCGAGAUUCGCAUGGUUGUAAUGCUGAACAAGCCACUUCCUGUUUUUUUUCCUUGUGAUGUAGAAACUCUAGGAGUGGGGCAUUCUCUGUUAGUCAUUUUCAGAGAUGCUUUCUCAUCUGCAUCACUUGGCAUCCGGCAUAACAUUUCACCGAGCCACGGGUGCUCUGCUUGCACGAUUGGCAAGUCAGCGUCCACCGAAAGUGCUGUCCUCGAAAUAAAUCGAUCCCAAAUGUGA